CCGAGGCACAGCAGUCCAAGCGAUGCAUUUCCCAGUUGGGAGCACUUAAAGGCGGGUGGGUGGGAGUUGAGUGUCGGGUGGUUCCGUGUCGUGGGACGCGCGUGCGAGCGUCACGGAAGGCCGCCAUCCGGUGGCCCCCACUGUGGGAACGCUAUAAAUCCACGUCGCGCGCGAGUCCCUCAAGUCGCUUGUCUUCAUCGUCAUCUUGCCGAUCCAAAGGAAUUAACGCACGUCUUCUUUCUUCGUACUUUGGCGACCACGAUGAGCUUUCUGCUCACUUGUCUGCUUUGUGGAUUGUACGCGCUCAUUGCCAAAGGUGCAGACGAGGAGGCCAGAGGCAAAUACAGCGUGCCCGUGCUGGAGGGGACGCGCGGACAGCUGGUCCUGGAGCCCAACCAGACCCUGGAGCUCAGCUGCAGGGGUCGCUGGGAGCUCUCCUGGUCUUUCCCGCCCGACGUCCCUCGCGAUCGUGUCCGCGUCGAGGAAUCUCGCUGCGGCAAGUCGCAGCGGCUGCACUGCAGUCGCGUGACGCUGCCGGGCGGCGCCCGACCAAGCCAAACGGGCUCGUUCCUCUGCCGCUACCGACACCGAGCGCAGCGCCAGGCGUCGGUUUACGUGUAUGUAGCAGACAGUCGGCAGCCAUUUGUCGACGAUCCAGAGAUGAGCCCCGACGUGUUGUACAUGAAGGAGAAGCAGCCGCUGGUCAUCCCCUGCCGGGUCACCCACCCCAACAUCACCAGCACACUGGUCAAGUUCCCCAACCACAGCUUGAGUCCCGACCACAGGAACAUCAUGUGGAGCAGCAGGCGGGGCUUCACCAUCCGCACGCCCACCUUCUACUACAUCGGCCUCUUCUUCUGCCAGACGCUAGUCGACGGCGUCGCUCACAAGUCGCGCAUAUACAUCGUCUACAGGCCAGUGAAUAGCAUCUUGGACGUGUAUCUGAACAGCAGCGGUCCUGUGCAGGCCUUAAAGGGAGAGAGGCUGGUGCUCAACUGCACCGCCACCGGAGAACUAAACACCAGGGUCAACAUCUCGUGGGACUACCCCGGAAAGACGAGCAACAGCAGCUCCACGUUCAAGCGGCUGCUCAAGCACAGAACGCACAUGUUGUUCUACAACAUCCUGACCAUCCCCAAGCUGCAGCGCUCCGACCGCGGCCUCUACACGUGUCGCGUCAGCAGCGGGAACAAAACCAAACAGCAGAAGGUCACCGUUACGGUCUACGAUCGUCCCUUCAUCCGAUUGAAGCCCAGACGAGGAUCACUAAUGGAGGCUCAAGCGGGGCAGAAAUCGUAUCGAAUUUCGCCCAAACUCCGAGCGUUCCCCGCACCCGAAGUCAUCUGGUUGAAGGACGGCACGGCGGCGGCGGAGCAGUGCUCCAGGUACCACAUAGACGGCCAUUCGCUGGUCAUACGCGACGUGGCCGAGGAGGACGCUGGGAAAUAUACCGUGCGAGUACGCAUCCAGGAGCACGGACUCUACCAGAACCUCACGCUAAUACUCGUGGUUAACGUGAGUCCUCAGAUAGGCGAGAAAGCGGUUUCGUCGUGGGAGGACGCGGGCGCCGUGCCCCGGGGGAGCCGACAAUCUCUGCACUGCACGUCCCACGCCGUCCCCCCGCCGCACGUCCACUGGCUCUGGCACCCCUGUCCGCCGAAAGGCCUGUGUGCUGGUCCGACAUCCUGGUCCGCGUGGACCCCUGCGAGCGAGGGGCUCCCCGCCGCGUCCACACACAACCCCAUCCUGAGUGUGACCCACAGACAGGAAGUGCUUCAGGGCAAGACCAAGACGGUAGGUGUUGUGACGGUGGCCCGGGCUCUGGUGUCCGGUGUGUUUCGUUGCGUGGCCUCCAACUCUGUGGGGACGGACCACCUGGACAUCCGCUUCUACGUCACAGAUGUUCCGGGAGGCUUCGCCGUGAGCCAGGAUGAAGAACCGAGAGAAGGCGGAAACCUGCGCCUCACCUGCAGCGCCAACAAGCACCUGUACUCCGCCCUGUUGUGGCGCCGCCUGCACCCCGCCGGCGGCGGGGGCGCGGGCACCACCCUGCGCGGGUACCCCUCCACGGGAGAGUUCUCGCGCUCUCUGCGGCUGUCGCUGAGCAACCUGAGCGCCCGGGACUCGGGCGCCUACCUGUGCUCCGCCCUCCACCGCCUCACCGGGCGGGAGGCCCACCUGGUGGCGCGGGUGAGGGUCUCAGCUUUGGAGCCUCCGGUGCUGCUGAACAAUUUGACAGAUUGUACGGUGAACGUCAGCAGCUCGGUGACCCUGCACUGUCCCACCGAGGGCGUCCCGCCUCCGACUGUCACGUGGUACAAGAACCAACAUGCUCUGUCAGCAGGAUCUGGUAUUGUCAUGUCACCAAAGGAGGGCUCCCUCCAUAUCGACCGCAUCACUGUGGAGGACCAGGGCUUGUACACAUGCCAGGCCACCAACCAGAGGGGGUCCGCAGAGAGCUCUGCCUACAUUUGGGUCAACGAUGCGUCGGAAAACCCGUCCAUGGAGAUUCCUACUCUGGCGUGCACGUGCGUGGUGGCGACUUUCCUCUGGCUUCUCCUAACGCUCCUGAUCCGAAAAUUACGACAGGCCAACAGCUCCCGGUGCAAAUCCGAGUACCUGUCAAUCAUCCUGGACUCUGGAGACGGCCCCAUCGAGGAGCAGUGCGAGCGACUCCAGUAUGAUCCCUGCCGGUGGGAGUUCCCAAGAGAGCGUCUCAAAUUAGGCAAGAAUUUAGGCCGUGGAGCCUUUGGGAAGGUGGUCCAGGCGUCGGCGUUUGGGAUCGAUAACGCUUCAAGCUGCAGGACGGUGGCUGUUAAAAUGCUUAAAGAGGGCGCCACAAUCAGCGAGCACAAAGCCCUGAUGACCGAACUGAAGAUCCUCAACUACAUCGGACACCAUCUCAACGUCGUUAACCUGCUGGGGGCUUGCACCAAGCCGGGAGGGCCGCUGAUGGUCAUCGUGGAGUAUUGUCGCCAUGGAAACCUGUCCAGCUUCCUGAAGAGCAAACGAGAGGUGUUUGGGGUGACCCAAAGAAAAUCUGGAGAGAGGAGUUGUGACAGUCAGACAGUGAUGCAUGAUGACAAUAAGUCAGGAGGUGACAUAUCAGACUCAAGCACUCCGUUAUUUCUGGAGGAGCUCAUCUCCUUCAGCUUCCAGGUGGCGCGAGGAAUGAACUUCCUGGCAUCUCGCAAGUGCAUUCAUCGAGACCUGGCGGCCCGUAAUGUUUUGCUGUCCGACAACAAAGUGGUGAAGAUCUGCGACUUUGGCCUGGCCAGGGACAUCUACAAAGACCCCGACUAUGUGCGAAAGGGAGACGCUCGCCUCCCUCUCAAGUGGAUGUCUCCGGAGUCCAUCUUCGACAAAGUGUUCACCACUCACAGUGACGUGUGGGCCUUCGGCGUCCUGCUGUGGGAGAUCUUCUCUUUGGGGGCGUCGCCGUAUCCCGGCCAGCAUAUCGACGAGGAGUUUUGCCGCAGACUGAAGGCGGGAACCAGGAUGAGAGCGCCCGAAUACAGCACGCCCGACAUUUAUAGGACCAUGCUGGCCUGCUGGGAGGCCGAGCCCACCGAGAGACCCUCCUUCUCCGACCUGGUGGAGAUCCUGGGAGACCUGCUUCAAUCCAUGGUGCAGCAAGACGGGAAGGAUUACAUUCCCCUGGGAUCUCGUGUGGAGUCCGGGAACGGCAGCAAGACCUUCCGAGAAAAGCCUCUUGCUGUCACUAACUUGAGUUACAUGCGUUCCGUGGUGGCCACGCUGGACACGUUUGAGGAGAUUCCCUGUGAGGACGAGCAUCAUGGAUCUGAGGAAGGUGACAGCGGCAUGGUCCUACCGUCAGAGGAGCUGCAGCGUCUGUCGUGGAGGAACGACGCCGGGCGCAACCGGGCCUUCCCGUGCAAGGAAGCCCCACGUCUCCAUGGCAACGGGUCGGGCACGUUCGCAUCCCGGUGGGAUUCGGACCGGGGUGGCUCCCCUCCUCCCAACUACAACUCGGUUUUCUUCUCCCAUUAAUAUGAAAGUGUAACAAUUCGAGCUUGUAGUUGUAUUGGUACCUCAUAUUGUGCUGAAAGGGAGGAAAUGCUCCUUUUAUGCUGACGUUAUAUGCUGGAUAUGUGUAUGUGAGUGAGUUUGUGUGUGUCACAUACCUGUAAGUUCUCAUGACAAUUUAGUGGGAAUUCAUACAACUUGUUUCAAAAACACUAAAGAAUAUAUAUAUUUUACCUUUUCAAAAUGGCCAAAAAUGUUUUGCAUGUGAAAAAACUGAUUAUUUUUCUACUCAUCACAGUGCAAUUUUUGUUGUUGUCCUCCUUAUUUUGACAGGUUUGACAUUUUGAAUUUAGUAGGAAUUCAUACAAAAUGUUUAAUUGACACCCUUUUUUAAAAAUAUUUUACUAAUUACAGUGCAAAAACCCACUACGUAUUCUCAUGAGAAUUUCUGAAGUCUACCAACUAUUGUGCAAUUGCUAUUUUUCAAAAUCUCCAAUUUAGCCAAAUUGACCCCCCACCCUCACAAAAUGCCAUUUUCUUACGAAUCAUACUGUCCAAUUUUUGUUAAAAAUCAUACUAAUUUUUACAGAAAAGCUUCCUGGAAAACAUGGAAACGGCUGUGUGUGGUAUUCAGGAUUUAACACGUUUUCAUGAAAAUUGAGUUGGAAUUUGUUCAAACAUUUAACAAGUUUCAUUAACAAUUCAUAUAAAAUACAGCAAAUACAGUGCAAUUUUGUACAAAAUCUUCUAAAUACUCUCAAUCAUUGAAAAGGACACGACUUGAUCCCUUAUCACAAUGGACGUAUGUUUGUACUAAAACAUGUUAAUGCUGUAAUCUUUUAAAGAGAUAACUAGUCAUUAGUUUUGAAUGUAACUUGAUGUGUAGAUUAUUAUUAUUUUUUUUAAUACUGUCCAUUCCUCAUAC